AUGAUCAUCCCCUUUAAAGCAUCCUUCUUUCAAAUGAAACAAACAGUUCUUCUUUCAAAUGAUCAUACUGCAUCCCCUUUAAAACAAACAGUUCUUCUUUCAAAUGAUUACGCUGCAUCCCCUUUAAAACAAACAGGUCUUCUUUCAAAUGAUCAUACUGCAUCCCCUUUAAAACAAACUGUUCUUCUUUCAAAUGAUCAUACUGCAUCCCCUUUAAAGCAAACAGUUCUUCUUUCAAAUGAUCAUACUGCAUCCCCUUUAAAACAAACAUUCUUUCUUUCAAAUGAUCAUACUGCAUCCCCUUUAAAACAAACAGUUCUUCUUUCAAAUGAUCAUACUGCAUCCCCUUUAAAACAAACAGUUCUUCUUUCAAAUGAUCAUACUGCAUCCCCUUUAAAACAAACAGUUCUUCUUUCAAAUGAUCAUACUGCAUCCCCUUUAAAACAAACAGUUCUUCUUUCAAAUGAUCAUACUGCAUCCCCUUUAAAACAAACAGUUCUUCUUUCAAAUGAUCAUACUGCAUCCUCUUUAAAACAAACAGUUCUUCUUUCAAAUGAUCAUACUGCAUCCCCUUUAAAACAAACAGUUCUUCUUUCAAAUGAUCAUACUGCAUCCCCUUUAAAACAAACAGUUCUUCUUUCAAAUGAUUAUGCUGCAUCCCCUUUAAAACAAACAGGUCUUCUUUCAAAUGAUCAUACUGCAUCCCCUUUAAAACAAACAGUUCUUCUUUCAAAUGAUCAUACUGCAUCCCCUUUAAAACAAACAGUUCUUCUUUCAAAUGAUCAUACUGCAUCCCCUUUAAAACAAACAUUCUUUUUUCAAAAACAAACAGUUCUUCUUUCUUUUUCAAAAAUGAUCAUCCCCUUUGCAAUCAUCCUUUUCUUUGCAAAAAAAACAGUUCUUCUUUCAAAUGAUCAUACUGCAUCCCCUUUAAAACAAACAGUUCUUCUUUCAAAUAAUCAUACUGCAUCCCUUUUAAAACAAACAGUUCUUCUUUCAAAUGAUCAUACUGCAUCCCCUUUAAAACAAACACAAUCAGUUCUUCUUUCAAAUGAGUAUGCUGCAUCCCCUUUAAAACAAACAGUUCUUCUUUCAAAUGAUCAUACUGCAUCCCCUUUAAAACAACCAGUUCUUCUUUCAAAUGAUCAUACUGCAUGCCCUUUAAAAGUCUUCUUUCAAAAAAAAGUUCUUCUUUCAAAUGAUCAUGCUGCAUCCCCUUUAAAACAAACAGUUCUUCUUUCAAAUGAUUAUGCUGCAUCCCCUUUAAAGCAAUCAGUUCUUCUUUCAAAUGAUUAUGCUGCAUCCCCUUUAAAACAAACAGUUCUUCUUUCAAAUGAUCAUACUGCAUCCCCUUUAAAACAAACAGUUCUUCUUUCAAAUGAUCAUACUGCAUCCCCUUUAAAACAAACAGUUCUUCUUUCAAAUGAUCAUACUGCAUCCCCUUUAAAACAAACAGUUCUUCUUUCAAAUGAUCAUACUGCAUCCCCUUUAAAACAAACAGUUCUUCUUUCAAAUGAUCAUACUGCAUCCCCUUUAAAACAAACAUUCUUUCUUUCAAAUGAUCAUACUGCAUCCCCUUUAAAACAACCAGUUCUUCUUUCAAAUGAUCAUACUGCAUCCCCUUUAAAACAAACAGUUCUUCUUUCAAAUGAUCAUACUGCAUCCCCUUUAAAACAAACAGUUCUUCUUUCAAAUGAUCAUAUUGCAUCCCCUUUAAAACAAACAGUUCUUCUUUCAAAUGAUCAUACUGCAUCCCCUUUAAAGCAAUCAGUUCUUCUUUCAAAUGAUUAUGCUGCAUCCCAUUUAAAGCAAACAGUUCUUCUUUCAAAUGAUCAUACUGCAUCCCCAUUUUUCUUUUCAAAUAAAAUACAAACCCUUUUCAAACAGUUCUUCUUUCAAAUAAUCAUACUGCAUCCCCUUUAA